AAAUUUGAAAGAUGGUGAUAGAAUUUGUAUGUUUGCAAGAUGGAGAGCCUAGUUGUUAUUCUAAGUUUAGUAUCCAUCUUUGUUCUCUUCAUUAUCACACAAAGAAACACAAGAACAAGAUCAAGAACACCACUUCCUCCUGGCCCUAAAGGCCUUCCUCUAAUUGGAAAUCUCCACCAACUUGAUGCCAAAUCCCCACAUCACUAUUUUAGAGAACUCUCCAAACACUAUGGCCCCAUCAUGUCCUUCAAACUUGGUUCAACCCAAGCUCUUGUUAUUUCCUCAUCAAAAUUAGCCAAAGAAGUGUUAAAGACACAUGACCUCAAAUUUGCAAGUAGGCCACCUUACUUAGGCCUAAGGAAAUUGUCAUAUAAUGGCUUGGACUUAGGUUUUGCACCUUAUAGCCCUUAUUGGAGAGAGAUGAAGAAGCUUUGUGUUUUGCACCUUUUUAGCUCUCAAAGGGUCCAUUCUUUUAGACCCUUUAGAGAACAAGAGGUUGCAAACAUGAUUAGGAGGAUAUCCCAACAUGAAGAUUCAAACAAAGUUGUAAACUUGAGUGACACUUUGAUGUUUUUUACCAACACUUUGAUAUGUAAAAUGACAGACAUAAUGGAGAGCCUAGUUGUUAUUCUAAGUUUAGUAUCCAUCUUUGUUCUCUUCAUUAUCACACAAAGAAACACAAGAACAAGAUCAAGAACACCACUUCCUCCUGGCCCUAAAGGCCUUCCUCUAAUUGGAAAUCUCCACCAACUUGAUGCCAAAUCCCCACAUCACUAUUUUAGAGAACUCUCCAAACACUAUGGCCCCAUCAUGUCCUUCAAACUUGGUUCAACCCAAGCUCUUGUUAUUUCCUCAUCAAAAUUAGCCAAAGAAGUGUUAAAGACACAUGACCUCAAAUUUGCAAGUAGGCCACCUUACUUAGGCCUAAGGAAAUUGUCAUAUAAUGGCUUGGACUUAGGUUUUGCACCUUAUAGCCCUUAUUGGAGAGAGAUGAAGAAGCUUUGUGUUUUGCACCUUUUUAGCUCUCAAAGGGUCCAUUCUUUUAGACCCUUUAGAGAACAAGAGGUUGCAAACAUGAUUAGGAGGAUAUCCCAACAUGAAGAUUCAAACAAAGUUGUUGUUGAUGAAGAAUUAGGGUGUGGCCAAAGGAGCAAGUUGCAAGUGUUGCUAAAUGAGGCUCAAGCAUUGUUGGUUGAGUUUUACUUUUCAGAUCAUUUUCCCAUUUUGGGGUGGGUUGAUUGGCUUAGAGGAACACUUUGGAGGCUAGAUAAGAACUUCAAGGAAUUGGACAAGUUCUAUGAAAAAGUUAUCUUUGACCAUAUGGAUUCAGCUAGGGCUAAUAAAUCCAAUGAGCAACAAGUUAAAGACAUCAUUGAUAUCUUUCUAGAGAUGAUGAAUGAUCACUCACUCUCCUUUGAUCUCACUCUAGAUCAUAUAAAAGCUGUGCUCAUGAACAUCUUUAUAGCUGGAACAGACCCAAGUGCAGGUACAACAGUUUGGGCAAUGAAUGAACUUUUGAAGAACCCUAAAGCUAUGAAAAAGCUUCAAAGUGAAAUUAGAGGUUUAUUUGGAGACAAAGAUUUCAUAAAUGAAGAUGACAUUCAAAGGCUUCCAUAUCUCAAAGCAGUAAUAAAGGAAACACUAAGAAUGUUCCCACCAUCACCACUACUCUUACCAAGAGAAACAAUUGAAACAUGCAACAUAGAAGGUUAUGAAAUAAAACCAAAAACUUUAGUCUAUGUUAAUGCAUGGGCCAUAGCAAGGGACCCCAAGAAUUGGAAAGACCCAGAAGAGUUUUGUCCUGAAAGAUUCAUUGAGAAUCCAAUAGAUCUCAAAGGGAAUGAUUUUGAGCUAAUUCCAUUUGGUAGUGGAAGAAGAAUUUGCCCUGCCAUGAACAUGGGGUUGGUUACCAUAGAAAUUGCAUUAGCAAAUCUUGUUCACUCAUUUGAUUGGAGUUUGCCAAUUGGGUUUGACAAUGAAGAAAUGUUUGACACGCAAGUGAAGCCAGGGAUAACCAUGCACAAGAAAAACGAUCUUUUUCUUGUGGCCAAGAAACAUGUACCUUAGAUAGUGUUUGCAGAGAGACAGAGACGGAAAGACUGAGAGACAGAGAUUAAGAGACAGAAAUUGAAAUAAAUUUCCAUAUUUUGUUUGGUGUAGAGUGAAAGACAGAAAUUGAAACAAAAAUGAAAUUCUAAUUUAA